GAUCUGCUGCACCGCACGGAGUACCUGGCGACCAUCGUGUCGGCCGUCGCUGAGGUCGAGGCUCCACCUGGCCAAGACCUACGAGCGGCGCUGGCACAAGACACGGUGCUGGAUAGGGUGGGCGCGUUGGGCGAAAGCUUCAGCUGCGGGCAUCCGUCAGAUGGCCACUGCUGGGCUGGCCUGGCCCUUAAGCCCGAGAAGCGGCGCUUCCCACGCACCGCUUGGCCGCAGGAGGUGUCGACGCAACUAUGCCAUGUCUUGAACAUGGCGUCCACGGCACGGGGCUUCCACCGGCCCGAGUGGCACCAGGCAGUUGCAGAUGCCGUCGAGACGGAGUCCGAGCAGGUUCGCAACCGCGAUGGCCAACCGGCCUACGUGCUGAAGGGGCACCAAAACCUGCAGGAUGCCUGCUGGCAAGUCAGCGCCAUGCUGGAGUCCCUCCCUCGGCCGCCCGGACCG